CCAAUCGCGAGGCUCAGAGCACCGUCCUUCAGCAGCCGCAGCAGCCGCCGCUUUCCCGCCCUCCGGUCGCGGCCCCGGCCCGAGACCCCCGGGACCCCCCAGAACCCCCGGGAYCCUCCCGGGACCYCCCGGCCCCACCAUGGGCUUCCUGAAACUCAUCGAAAUCGAGAACUUCAAAUCCUACAAGGGCCGGCAGAUCAUCGGGCCCUUCCGCCGCUUCACCGCCAUCAUCGGCCCCAAUGGCUCCGGCAAAUCCAACCUGAUGGACGCCAUCAGCUUCGUGCUGGGGGAGAAGACGAGCAACCUGCGGGUGAAAACGCUGCGGGAUCUGAUCCACGGGGCCCCGGUGGGGAAACCCGCGGCCAGCCGCGCUUUUGUCAGCAUGGUGUACUCGGAGGAGGGCGCCGAGGACCGGACCUUCGCCCGCGUUAUCGUCGGCAGCUCCUCGGAGUACAAGAUCAACAACCGCGUGGUGCAGCUGAGCGAGUACAGUGAGGAGCUGGAGAAGCUGGGAAUCCUCAUCAAGGCCCGUAACUUCCUCGUCUUCCAG